AAUGGCGUACAGCAACGUCCAAGUCGAAAAAAUGAAGUGUGUUUUGCAGCAUUUCGGCAUGAUUAUGCAACAUUAAUGAGGAUGCCCGCUGCCGGAAAAUCCCAAAGAAUAACAAGAAGAUGAUGGUGAUGAUGAUUAUCCGGAGUUGCUGAAUAAGGACCUGCUGUGGUGCGGCGGUAGAAGCCGGGCGUCUUUGUACAAGGCACAAAAAAAAAUCAAAAUGAGCAGCAGGAGAAAGAGGGCUCCCCCAGUCCGGGUGGACGAGGAGGCCAAGAAGAGGCUGAACUGGAACAUGCUGGAGGACCGGAGGAACGAGGUGCUCCAGGACGAUGAUGAGACACCGACCUGCUCCCUCCUUCCCAAUGUCCCCGCCCCCGUCCGCUCCCUCCUCUCCAUCAGCGAGGACGACAUGGAGGCCAGCAGCGCCGGCUCCAUCCGGUUUGCCGACCGAGGAGAGGAACUCCCAGGCAUGUCAUCGGACGCCACCUCCGGCUCAGCAUCCCUGGCGCUCACAGUGGUGCCGGUGUCCAAGCUGGGACACAUGUGGAAGUCCCUGUUAGGGGAGUUCAGCGUCCGGCCGGCUUGGCUCCCCCUGGGCUGUGAACAGAGAGCUUUCACCCUCCACAGGAUCGGGGACCAGCUCUGUCUCAGUUACGCCAGCCUCGACGAGAGCUCAGGGCUGCAGCUGAAGCCUGCUCAGGACACCUGCACGGCAGAUUGCAGCCUCACCAGGAUCCCGCUGGAGGACCUGGACUGGUUGCAGAAGAGGAGGGUGGUCCAGCUCUGCCACCAGAUGAAAGAACAGUCAGUCAAGGUGGGGAUAUACCUGCUGGAAGCCGGGCUGGGCAAGCCGGAGUUCCUCAGCGAGGGAAAUGCUCGGCUAAAGAAAGCAAAUCAGCUAAUGCAGAAGUUAAUGGAGUAUUUCUAUGAUUUCAUUAUCCCUGAGGUGGUAGAGAACGAGGAGGAGGAAUGUGACACCGAUCUGGAGAGGCAGAAUGUCGAGGAGCUGUACGAUUAUGUCAGACAUCUGCACCAGAGGGAGAGCCAGGAGCUCACCUAUGACGUCCAGCACAAGGCUCUCAUACCUGUGCUGAGGCUGUAUCAGAGCCAGGCUGUCAACUGGAUGCUGAGGAGAGAGAAAUACAGGAACAAUUCCCCUAAAGAGCAAUCGCUGCAUUUUCUCUGGCGGGAGCUGGUCACUUUGUGUGGAAAGAAGUUGUAUUAUAACCCUUUCACUGGCUGUCUGAUCAGGGAAUUCCCCCUAGCCGGCGUGGAGUGGCCCGGUGGGAUUCUGGCUGAUGAGAUGGGGCUUGGGAAGACGGUGGAAGUCCUGGCACUCAUCCUGUUUCAUACCCGCCAGGACCUGGAGCAAGAGGCCCUCACCCUGCCUGUGGGAAAAUCUGUGAAUUAUUUCAUACCUCCUCCACCACUCAAAAGAGAGGAAAUCAUCCGCUGCAAAGCCGAAGCUCAGCCUAAAAUGAAAAUAUCCUACCCAACUGUGCGGGUCAUGCUGCUCACUGCAAUAAAGGAGAUGAGAUCUGGCAAAGGAGCUUCUGUCAACGCUAUCUUCACCUACAUCCGUACCACUUAUCGUUACGACCUCUUAAAGAACCGCAACCACAUCAGGAAGACCCUGGCGAAGCUGAUAGACGAGGGCCUCGUUGACCGGGUCAAAGGUCGUGGUUUGGCGGGGUCAUUUAAGCUCGGAAAGAACUACAAAGAAACGAAGAAGACAUCGGCAGGGGCAGCCAAGUCUAAUAACAAAAACAAAGAGAGCACACCCAGGAGAACGUCUCAGAGGCGAGCAAAGGAGAAGGUGGCUCAAACAGCCUCACACAGCUCUCCCACAGAGGAUCUAAAAGAUCUGAACUCCCCGACAUCUGACUGUCCUGUACUAGAGGAAGCAGAAACAAAGAGGGAAUGGGAUGAAAGCCUAAAUGAGAGAACAGAUCAAUCGCAUGACAUCCUGGAUACUUCAAAAACCCGACUGCCUGUUCCCACAGCACACCCCCAAAUUGAAAGUGACGAAGCGUUUAAGGUGUCCCAGGAUAAAAGCGACUCAGACGUGCAAGAAACGGAGGGAGUAGAUGAUCGGAAAACGGAGAGAGCGGAUGAUCUACCUGAAGAAAGGGGAGAGGCUCCACGGCUCGAUCUGCAAGAGGAGCCGCCACCCCCCACCAGGGCAUCUGUGGUCCCUUUCAACACCCCCGACUACCGCUUCGAGUGCAUCUGCGGCGAAUUGGGCAUUAUCGACUACAAGGCCCGUGUGCAGUGCAUGAACUGCCAGCUGUGGCAACAUGCGGAGUGUGUCAACUACAAAGAAGAAAACCUCGAAACCACCCCUUUCUACUGCCCCCACUGCCUGGUAGCCAUGAAACCCGUGUCCACCGGUGCCACCCUCAUCAUCUCCCCGAGCUCCAUCUGCCACCAGUGGGUGGAGGAGAUCAACCGGCACAUCAGCUCCUCCUCACUCCGAGUGCUGGUUUACCAGGGAGUGAAGAAGCACGGGUUCAUCCAGCCACACAUGCUGGCCGAGCAGGACGUGGUCAUCACCACCUACGACGUGCUGCGGUCGGAGCUCAACUACGUCGACAUUCCCCACAGUAACAGCAAGGACGGGCGCCGCUUCCGCAACCAGAAGCGCUACAUGGCGGUGCCCAGCCCCCUGGUGGCUGUGGAGUGGUGGAGAAUCUGUCUGGAUGAAGCUCAGAUGGUUGAAUGCACCACGGCGAAGGCUGCAGAGAUGGCCCUGCGUCUUGCAUCUGUUAACCGCUGGUGUGUCAGUGGCACUCCUGUCCAGAGAGGCUUAGAGGAUCUGUAUGGCCUCGUACUUUUCCUGGGAGUCGACCCGUACUGGGUGAAACACUGGUGGGACCAGCUGCUUUACCGCCCCUAUCGGCGCGGAAACACUGAGCCUCUGUACAACCUGAUUGGUCAAUUACUAUGGCGGUCAGCUAAAAAAGAUGUCAUUGAUCAGAUCCAGAUCCCCCCUCAGACAGAGGAGGUGCACUGGCUGCACUUCUCCCCUGUAGAGGGUCACUUCUACCACCGCCAGCACGAGGUUUGCUCCCAGGACGCCCUGGUCAAACUCAGGAAGAUCUCCGAUUGGAGCCUGAAGCUGGGCAGCCUCGACCGGCGCACUGUCAACACCAUCCUGUGCCCGCUGCUGAGGCUGCGCCAGGCCUGCUGCCAUCCACAGGCUGUGAGGGGGGAGUUCCUGCCUCUGCAGAAAAGUACCAUGACGAUGGAGGAGCUCCUGAAGUCCCUGCAGAAGAAAUGUCGAGUGGAGUGUGAAGAAGCUCACAGACAAUUGGUGUGCGCUCUCAAUGGCCUGGCUGGAAUCCACAUCAUCAGAAAUGAGUUUGUGGAGGCCACGGAGAUGUAUAGAGAAGUGCUUCGCUCAUCAGAGGAGCACAAAGGCAGACUGAAAACCGAUUCUUUACAGAGACUACAUGCUACCCAUAACUUGAUGGAGCUGCUGAAUGCAAAGCAUCCUGGGAUACCUCCUACACUGAGAGAUGAUCGAUUGAGUGAGGAGGCAGAGCAGCUGCGCCAGCACUACAUGACCAAAUACAACUCGGAGGUGUCCGACGCCCAUCAGGCUCUGCAGCCCGUGCUGCAGAACAUCAGAGAGCUGAAGCGCAAGGUCAACCUGAAGUCUCCCUGGUGGCUGGAUGUUAUCCAGAAAGCAAUCCGCUGCUCCAUCGACGACGACCUGGUGUCCCGCAUCCAGAACGAGCUGACGUCCAGCUACAAACAGCAGGCCAACAAGUUCUCCAUGGCUGACAAGUUUCGUGAUGGCCAUGGUCUGCAGUUCCUGCUCACCACACAAAUGGAGGAUCUCAUGAAAUCCCAGAAGACCGUGCAGGACGCAGUGAAGCGGCUUGAAGGCCCCGCUUCGAAAAAAGUGAUCGACGAAGCCACCAUUUGUCACCUGAGGCCCGUGCGCCUCCCACUCAAUAAUUGUGUUUUUUGCAAAGCCGACGAGCUUUUCACAGACUAUGAGUCCAAGCUGUUUUCUCACACGGUGAAGGGUCAAACAGCGAUCUUUGAGGAAAUGAUUGAGGACGAGGAGGGGCUGGUCGACGAUCGCCUUCCCACCACCAGUCGUGGUCUGUGGGCCGCCAGUGAGACUGAGCGAACCCUGAAGGCCAUCCUGUCGUUUGCCAAGGCCAAGCGCAUGGACCCAGAGCUGGUGGAGGAGGGCAACAUUUUCAUGGAGCUGUUUGAGACGUGGAAGAAAGAGUACAAGGUGCUGCAUGAGUACUGGAUGGUGCUGCGGAACCACGUCUCAGCCAUCGACGAGUUGGGUAUGGCCACCGAGAGACUGCGUGUCCGCCUGCCCGACGAGCCAAAGCCCAAAGUGCUUCACAUCAUAGAGCCACACGAGGUGGAGCAGAACAGAGUCAAGCUCUUGAACGAUCAAGCAGUGGCCAAGUCUCAACUCCAAAAGAAGCUUGGCCAGUUUCUGUACCUCACAAAUCUGGAGAAGUCCCAGGACAAGGCAACUGGAGGACUGAACCCGGAGCCGUGUCCCAUCUGCGCUCGGCCCCUGGGACAAGAGUGGGCCGUGCUGACCUGCGGCCACUGCUUCUGCAACGAAUGCAUCGCCAUCAUCGUGGAGCAGUACAGUGUGGGCUCACGGCGCCGCGCCAUCAAAUGUGCCAUCUGUCGGCAGACCACAUCACACACCGAGAUCUCGUACGUGUUCACCGCCCAGGCCUCCAGCCAGGACCAGGACAUCCCCGUCAAGGGAAGCCACUCGACCAAAGUGGAGGCCGUGGUGCGAACGCUGAAGAAGAUUCAAGUGACCGACCCCGGGGCCAAGUGCCUCGUCUUCUCCACGUGGCAGAGUGUGCUGGAUAUCAUUGCGAAGGCUUUGUUCGACAACAACAUGGAAUUCUCUCAAAUCAAUGGCAUUCACAAAUUCCAGGAGAAUCUGAGCUCUUUCAAAUACGAGGAGAAGAUCAACAUCCUGCUCCUGCCUCUCCACACGGGCUCCAACGGGCUGAACAUCAUCGAGGCGACUCACGUGUUGUUAGUGGAGCCCAUCCUCAACCCCGCUCACGAGCUGCAGGCCAUCGGCAGGGUGCACCGCAUCGGCCAGACCAAGCCCACAUUUGUUCACAGAUUCCUCAUCAAAUCCACCAUUGAAGAGAGAAUGCAGGCGAUGUUGAAGACAGCUGAGAAAAGUCACGGCAGCACAGCCAUGAAGCACUCGGAGGCCGCCGUGCUGACAGUGGCCGACUUGGCCGACCUGUUUACAGAAGACACCGAGCCUCUGGAGUGAGCCCGGCCGGCUGCCUCGACACGCAGGGAACCCACUCCAGACACACCGGCAGCACUCGCCCUCCUCUGCACAGCGUGGCGACAGACGUACCGUUUGAUUUUGCACAUUCCAGUUUUUAUAUACGCAUUCCAAAGUAAAAAAAAAAAAUGCAUUUCCAAAAAAAAACUGAUUUUAGCAAACCGGUGAUGACAAGACUACUAUGAUGGGAUAUUUCCUAACUGUUUUUUUUUUUUUUUUUUUUUUUUUUUUUAGAAUAUUUAAUUUGAGCUUUAAAUCUCUUUGGGGUAGAUCUGUAUUUGGCUCACUUGUCAUGGUUUUAGCUGAGAAGUCGUGAGUUAAUAGCUCAUAACAACUGCAACUGUCCAAGUACAUGGUUUUGUGACUAUGUUUGACUCGACUGUACAGUAAUAUUGCUUGUGUUGAUCUAAUACGAUGUUAAUUAUGUGCAUUUAUAUACUCCUCUCUAAGCUGAUGUGCUCAACGUAAAAUUUUAGGGGGAAAAAUAUUGGAAAGUGGAGGAUUUCAAAUGCUUUAAUCACGUUGAUGAUUGGGGUAUUUUCACAAUUUUCACGAAAUAAAAGACUGUCUUUGGCA